CAAAGUUGACAUUGAUACGAGACAUUCAACACUGUUGCUCCUCAAUUCGUGAAGCAACUAUGUCAGACAACGAGACUCAAGUCAAGGACCCUUACGGUUCUGAAAUUGAACUGAAAGAAGACCUCGACAAAUGUUUGAGCGGCCUUGAGGGUGAUGGCUCUUUUGCUCUGUUCGAGCAAUUGCAGUCCCCUCCGAAUCCUGGUCUCUGCCUCAAAGACGGUGGCUUGAUCGGGCUUCCACUUAAUGAUCAUGAUGCAGAACUGAUCACCCGAGCAAGUCACGCUGCACCUUUUGGCAAGGGAGAAGAAACCAUCGUGGAUACCACCAUUCGAAAGACGUGGGAAUUGUCUCCCAAGGACUUCGAAAUCAGGAACCCAGCUUGGACGACUGUCGUAGAGCAGAUUGUGGCGAAGGUGAGCACAGGUCUUGGAGUUGAUGCCGCUGGAAAUGGAGUUUCUGCAGAACUUUACAAACUGUUGCUUUACGACGAGGGGGCUAUGUUCAAGCCGCAUCAAGACUCAGAAAAGGCUCCUCGGAUGUUCGCGACUCUAGUAAUUGCAUUACCGUCAAAGCACGAGGGAGGAGAAGUGCAUGUAACUCAUGCAGGAAAGACGAAAAUCUUCGCUACCUCUACAUUCUCUGAGUUCGAUGCUUCGUAUUUGGCGUGGUUCUCUGAUGUUACACAUGAAGUCUGCCCAGUAACAGAAGGCAGGCGGCUUGUGCUCACAUACAAUCUCAUUCAUACCACACUAAGUUCACGAGAGUUAGGAGCCCACACAAAUGUUGCUACGGCCCAGCUUAAGCUGGUAUUGAAAACUUGGGAGGAAACCCUUGGAUUUGAUCAAGAUAUGCCGAAGGCACUGGCUUUCUUGCUCGAGCACCAAUAUACGGACUCCAGUCUCUGCUAUGAUGGGUUGAAGGGCCGCGAUAAGAAUGUUGGAGCGCACUUGCGGGAAUGUUGCAGCGAGGUCGGGUUCAUUUCAUACUUGGCUAGCUUUGAACUGUCUGUCGAGGGUGGAUGUGAUGAGGACGGAGGAGGCUGGAGAAGCUCGUCGUACCACGAAAUCAUUGAGGAGGUUGAUCGUACAACAACUCUGAAGAGAGUCGUGGAGCUGGACGGUUUAGAAGUGGCCAAAGACCUUGACUUCAACGAGAAUGACUUCGUCCAAGAUAACCCUUUCAAUGGGAUGCCGCCAGACGAUGAAGAUUACUCGGGAUUCACAGGAAAUGAGGGCGUAUCAGCUACGCACUUCUAUCAUCGAACGGUGGCGAUCAUUGUGCCUAAAAGCUACCGCAUGGAGUUUUUCUUUCCAGUGAAGAGUUUUGAACGUCUCAGCUAUCGCAGCUAUAUGGGUGAUGAUAAUGAUCAGUCCGAUAUCUCGACAUGGAUAGACCGCUUUUCCAACAGAGUGUCAGAACAUCCGGAUGAUGCUGAAGCAGCAGAAUGCCUCUCUCAAAUUUGCAAGAUGGUGGUUUCUCGGACUCGAUUGCACUUGGCUCGUCUACCAACUCAUUCGUGGGAGCGAUCAACACCUCCGUUUCCCGACGAUGUACUGGCUCGUGUUGUCGGUAUAUCAGUUGACCUCGAUGACAGGGUCAUGUUCAUCGAGACAUUCAAGCUCUGUCCUAACAAGGCAGCAUCCUCUACGUUUCGAGCUGUUGGGAUAGCCCUUCUCCGAAACGAUCUUGAAUCCUUAUUGCCAGAUCUCUCGACACAUCUGAGUAAGGAGAACAGCCUAGCUGGUCGAUUAGAGAUCAUUGAUGAGGUCAAAGCGGGCUUACAAGUUGAAGCCGAAAGGUCUUCGACCACCGUGGGAAGCGCAUUUCAGACUUGGCUUGAGUCAGAACUUGAUGACACAUUAUUGUCUACGGCAGUGGUCGUUGAGUCUCCAAGAGAUGGAGCGAUGCUUGCAAGUCUGUCCAAAACUUUCGCAACUCAGGAAGUGUUCAAUAAAAUUCUUCCAACUGUGAAAAGAAAUGUCAACAAUACAGUCAUGGCUGUCGCUUUUGCGAUUGGGAUCGUCCAAGCAGGUGCCGAAGGAGAAUUAGCUGAGAACGUUGCCGAUACAAUAUUCCACGAUGUUACUUCAGAUCUUGCAGACUGUUUCAGUCUUGGUUGCUUGGGGCCGUCCUUCCUUCCGCAAAAGAAGCCUGUGGGAUAUUUCCGUCGUCCGCCGCCAGAAAUCAUUAUCGAUGCUGGGAACAGCAGCAACAUUGCAACGUUGCUUUGCUAUUGUGUCAACUCUAAACUAGACAGCGAGAUUGAUCAGAUCAUACUUAGGCUCACUGGUGAGAUGGAAACGGUUGAUCUCACUUUCUUCGAUGCCAUCUAUCUGCCAUUCUUGAAGACGAUUCUCAGCAAGCUAUCGGAGAGGAAUGCCGGUGGUCAGGAUUCCCGAUUCUGUAAUCUGUUCCGAUCUACCCUAGUCACUUAUCUUGCUCGCUUCGUCAAAGAAGAGCCACAACCUGCUGCGGAUUGGGCGCAACGAAGGGUGGGAUGCAAUUGUCAGGACUGUCAACGCCUCAAUGCUUUCUUAGUCAGUCCACACGAGAAGGUGGGGAGAUUUGCACUAGCAAAGAAACGUCGGGGCCAUCUUCAUUCAAUGUUGGGAAGUUCAAGUGUUACUCAUGAGACCGACAGACGAGGUAACCCUCAGACUCUCGUUGUAACAAAAACCAAUGCGCAAUAUCAGAAUGCUCACAAAGCUUGGACUUUGCGCUGUAAUGUUGCGAAGCAGCAUCUGAAAGAGCUUGAGACAGAAGCUCUGAAGGACUCCCUUGGGGACUUGUACGAUCCUAUCAUGUCGUUAUCACCAAGUGUUCUUGCAGGUUCGCCCCCAGGAAAGUCUUCACGGCCUGGGACAGCACUUAGUCCAAGUGCAAGUGCCUCAAAUAGAGUGCUGCCACCGAUCACGAAGAGAAAGGUGCCAGAAGUUAUCGUUAUUGAUGACUGAGUCUUCUGGACGAGGAGCUUGUAUUCCGACCGCAUUGUAAUUUUACGUAUAAUCACAAUACCAAAUAAUGAGCAACUGUUCAAUCAAACACUUCCAAUCCAACCUCCGUUCUCGCCCACGAUAUACCAGCAUUCCACUCGGGCAUGGUCGAAAAUUGUGACUGGGGUGGUAGUUGCAAUAGAGCAUCAGAAAUCUCCGAAACAAGGUCUCGACCGAUGUGAGCAGUCCACCAUGCUUGGUCACUAAGCACAUUCAACAAU